AGGUGAGGGAGUGGCCACCUGCCACCUUCUGCUCGACUAACAGUGUGAGACACACACUGUCAGGCCUGGACUCUCCGGGAGGAAUAACGCUGUCUGUCAAGCUUUUAUUCUCAGAGGAAUUCAAUCAGAAUCAGGAAGAUGUGGAUAUGAUGGUGCCCACCCAGCCGUGACAAUGUAUGAGGUGAUGUCCGGUGACACCCUGUCCUGGAAGGUUCCCAGUCCAAGACAAAGUGCUUCAGAGUCCAACCCCGAAUCAGAAUUCACUGGAGACGAAGGGGCCAUCAAGAUCCUCAAAGUGUGCUUCUGCACCAACAACAACCUGGGCAAGAACUUCAAGCUGGUUAAAUGUGACAGCUCCUGGCAAAUUAGGGCCAUCAUUCGUUCGAUUCUGGUCAGUGGUCGUUUGGGGCCAAAUGUCGAACACGCAGGAUGCUACGGUCUCCUGCUGAAGCACCUAAAGUCAGAAGAAAUUCACUGGUUGCAUCCAGAUAUGACUGUUGGGGAAGUGGAACAACGUUACGAGAGCCAUCAUGUGGAAGCUGAGUGGAGGUAUGACCUUCGUAUCAGAUACGUUCCUGUUAAUUUCCUGGAAAAAUUCAAAGAUGACAGAUCUACGUUGCUGUAUUUUUACCAACAGGUGCGCAGUGAUUACAUGCAGUAUCAUGCCAGUAAGGUCAGUGACGGGAUGGCGCUGCAGCUCGGCUGUUUGGAGAUCAGGAGGUUCUAUAAAGACAUGAAUGCAAAAGGUCUGGAGAAGAAGUCCAACUUUGAGCUGCUAGAAAAAGAAGUGGGCCUGGACCUUUUCUUUCCUCAACAGCUGAUUAACAGCAUGAAGGCAAGGCAGCUACGGAAGUUGAUCCAGCAAACGUUUCAACAGUUCUCGACACUCAAGGAGGACGACUGCAUGGUCAAGUUUUUUGAGACCCUCCAAGAUUUCGUCAAUUAUGAUGAAGAGGUUUUCCCAUGUGAACUAGUUCAAGGCUGGAGUCUGUCGGUGGAGCUGGUCAUCGGUGGGAGGGGAAUUCGCCAACGCACACAGAAGAAUUCAGCGCCUGUUUUUCUAGCCGACUUCAAACAGAUCAAGAAAAUACAAUGCUUAUCUCAGAGUGACGGCAAGGCUCUCUUGAACCUCGAAGUAGAGGGGGCCAGACAACGGCUAUCGAUCAAUGUGGCCACAGUCCCUAUGGCAGAGAACAUGAUGGACCUUAUUGAUGGGUACUGCCGCUUGGAAAAUGACAGAGAUGAUUCGGUUAUCCACCGACCAAAUAAAGAUGUCAAUGCACGAAGCUCCCUACCUGAGAUUCCAACAGACAGCAGAGACACCAGCAGCUCGACCAGACACAGUAUGGGGUCUGAUAUUUAUUGUGAGAUUCUGGAUGAACGGCCAAAAUCAGUUGUUAAGUACGGGAUCGACCGAAAUGACAUUGUUCUGGGCCGGAUCCUUGGUGAGGGGUUUUUCGGGGAAGUCUACGAUGGAGUUUACAAAAAAGAUAAUGGCGAGAGGGUUAAUGUGGCAGUGAAGACCUGCAAAGACUGUUCACCUGAUGUGAUGGAGAAGUUCAUGAGUGAAGCAGUAAUUAUGAAGAACCUCAAUCACCAGCACAUUGUCAAACUGAUUGGAAUCAUAGAGGAGGAUCCUGUGUGGAUUGUCAUGGAGCUUUAUCAGUAUGGAGAGCUUGGGAACUACCUAACUCAGAACCAGAACAAGCUGACAAAUAUAACUCUGGUGCUGUUCAGCCUGCAGAUCUGCAAAGCUCUUGUCUACCUCGAAGGGGUCAACGUGGUACACAGAGACAUUGCAGUUCGGAACAUAUUAGUCGCCAGUCCAGACUGCGUGAAACUCGGAGACUUUGGUCUGUCGAGAUACAUUGAGGAUGAAGAAUACUACAAAGCGUCUGUUACUCGGUUGCCGAUCAAGUGGAUGGCCCCAGAAUCCAUCAACUUCAGACGUUUCACCACAGCCAGUGAUGUUUGGAUGUUUGCUGUAUGUAUGUGGGAGAUCAUGAGUGUUGGCCAGCAGCCGUUUUUCUGGCUUGAGAACAGAGACGUAAUCAACCAACUGGAGCAGGGCAUCAGGCUGCCCAAGCCAGACAACUGCCCCCCUGCCCUCUACUCACUCAUGACCCGCUGCUGGUCCUACGACCCCAGAGAGAGACCCAACUUCACUGAGCUGGUGGUCAAGAUCAGUGAUGUCCACAAAAUGGAGAAAGAGCAGGAGGUGGAGAGAGAGAGGGACAGAGCGCGCUCCACAAAAAUGUUUGACACCAAGUUCAACUUUACUGAACCUCCUCCCAAGCCAUCGAGAAUGAAACCAGGGCGGUUUGGGAACAUGCUCAGUAUUGGUCUACACAUUCAGCUGAACGAAGCUUUGUGUGCCAGCUCUCCUGACCUGGCCAGCCCAUGUGAAUACCAGUCCCCUGUCGACUCCAUGAACAGUCUUGCGGUGCCAGUCAGGUCCCCUCGUCGUCGGAGUGUGGGGGAGGGCGAGUUUCUCCGAGUGGAAGCAAACAGCAGGGAGGACGCCCAGCGCCUGUGGCAGAGGGAGAAGCAGCACAUGCAGGACACUCUCCGCCAGCAGAAAGAGCAGAUGAUGGAGGAUAAAAAGUGGCUGGAGAAGGAGGAGAGACUCCUGGACCCCAUGGGACCAGAGGACACUGCCAGCCCAGUGUUGCCUGAAGCUGAGGCCGAGAAUGCACCUCCAGAGAAGCCCCCACGGCUCACAGCACAGCCGACGCCCACAGCGGAGCUGGACCGCUCUGACGACAAAGUGUAUUCGUCCGUUAUGAAUCUGGUCAAAGUUGUUGUCCAACUAAAGAAUGACAUCCCCGAACUGCAUCCUGAACAAUAUAUCACCAUUGUCCAGUCUGUUGGGAUGGCUUUACGAGAUCUGAUUCGCAGUGUGGAUGACAUACUGCCCACCUUACACAAGUCUGUCAGGACUGAGAUCGAGGGCACCCAGAAGCUGCUGAACAACGACAUGGCGGAGCUGAUCAGCAAAAUGCGACUGGCCCAGCAGAAUGCCAUCACUUCUUUGAAGGAGGAGUGUAGGAAACAGAUGCUGGCUGCAGCGCACAAUCUGGCUAUGGACAGCAAGAACAUGUUGGAUGCCGUGGACCAGGCCAGAGUGAGGGCCAACUUAGCCAAGCCAGUGGCCCCUUAGUGGACACAUUAAGUUUAGAAUCCGACUUUUUCAGUCAGAAAUAACAUUUGCACACAGUCGUUUUCUGGAGUCAUCAUACCUGUAAAUGGAUGUUUUAAUUUUAAAUAUGAUACUACAAUGGAGGAAAACUAGAUGUUUAUGCUUAGCAAGGUAGCAUGUAUACUGAAAUUAAUGGUCUGUUGGCACCGUAUUUAGCAUGCUGUCACUUCAGACAUUUACACAUGUUCUCACUUGUGGUUGUGUAUUUGUCUUAAUUCUGCUCAGAAAUGUAAUUGUAAAUAUAAAAUGGAUCUGAUGACAAGUACAAGAAGUUUUAUCGCAGAGAAAAGGAAAAAGUAACGUAAAGCAAAUUAAAACACAAGUAAUUGUUUACUAAACCUGUCAGUAGUAACCUAAAUAUAUAUAUUUGCGUUGAUAGUAUUGAUAAUGAUCAUUUGGGUUUUCUUAGGUGACACAAUAACAGCAACACCUGUACAAUAUAAUUUUUUCCCAAGCAAAAACGCAACUAUUUGUUGCUAUUACAACACAGUUGAAUCAACACCUAUCUGAUGCCAUCCUAUUAGAAGCUGUGCAAGUUGUAUGGCUGUGAAUUAGUUUGCAUUAUAAUGUGCAGUUGAUGCCUUCACUUUUUUCCCUCUGCAGCACUAUAGCAUUGUUUGAACAUGCAGUGCAUAAACAUAUUGACCUGGUAGCAAUAGUUAAUUAUGUGUGUGUUUUUUUUGCCGCCACUCAAUAAAUGCUAUAUAGACU